AGGUGUACCAACAUUCGACCAGGAGAGACUGGAAUGGAUGUAACAAGCCGCUGCACCCUUGGAGACCCCAACAAACUUCCAGAAGGGGUUCCCCAACCUGCCCGAAUGCCGUAUAUCUCAGAUAAGCACCCUCGGCAAACCUUGGAAGUGAUUAACCUUUUGAGAAAGCACCGGGAGCUAUGUGAUGUGGUGCUAGUUGUGGGUGCUAAGAAGAUAUAUGCCCAUCGAGUCAUUUUGUCAGCCUGUAGUCCCUACUUCCGAGCAAUGUUUACAGGAGAAUUGGCAGAGAGCCGCCAGACAGAAGUAGUGAUCCGAGACAUAGAUGAGAGGGCUAUGGAACUACUGAUUGACUUCGCAUAUACCUCCCAGAUAACUGUGGAAGAAGGCAAUGUUCAGACCCUUUUGCCAGCUGCUUGCCUCCUCCAGCUGGCAGAAAUACAGGAAGCCUGCUGUGAAUUCUUAAAAAGACAAUUAGAUCCUUCUAACUGUCUGGGCAUUCGGGCUUUUGCUGACACACAUUCUUGCCGUGAGUUGCUAAGGAUAGCUGACAAGUUCACUCAGCAUAACUUCCAAGAGGUGAUGGAGAGUGAAGAGUUCAUGUUACUUCCAGCCAAUCAGCUCAUUGAUAUAAUAUCUAGUGAUGAGCUAAAUGUUCGUAGUGAAGAACAAGUGUUCAAUGCGGUAAUGGCCUGGGUCAAAUACAGUAUUCAAGAAAGGCGGCCUCAGUUACCCCAGGUGCUGCAACAUGUUCGUCUGCCUUUGCUUAGUCCUAAGUUCCUGGUGGGCACAGUGGGCUCUGACCCCCUCAUUAAAAGUGAUGAAGAAUGCAGAGACUUGGUAGAUGAGGCUAAAAACUACCUCCUGUUGCCUCAAGAACGACCGCUAAUGCAGGGACCAAGGACGAGACCACGGAAACCUAUUCGAUGUGGAGAAGUACUCUUUGCAGUUGGUGGUUGGUGCAGUGGAGAUGCCAUUUCCAGUGUUGAACGAUAUGACCCACAGACCAAUGAAUGGCGAAUGGUAGCUUCAAUGAGUAAAAGGCGAUGUGGAGUUGGAGUCAGUGUCCUUGAUGACCUGUUAUAUGCAGUAGGAGGCCAUGAUGGAUCCUCUUAUCUUAAUAGUGUUGAAAGAUAUGACCCCAAGACAAACCAGUGGAGCAGUGACGUGGCCCCUACAAGCACCUGCAGAACAAGUGUUGGUGUGGCAGUACUUGGAGGUUUUCUCUAUGCUGUGGGGGGCCAGGAUGGCGUCUCUUGCCUCAAUAUUGUUGAGAGGUAUGACCCAAAGGAGAACAAGUGGACUCGGGUGGCUUCUAUGAGCACUAGAAGACUAGGUGUGGCCGUGGCUGUGUUGGGAGGGUUCUUAUAUGCUGUAGGUGGCUCUGAUGGGACAUCUCCACUCAACACAGUGGAGCGCUACAAUCCUCAGGAAAACAGAUGGCACACCAUAGCCCCUAUGGGGACUCGAAGGAAACACCUAGGCUGUGCCGUGUACCAGGACAUGAUCUAUGCUGUAGGAGGGAGAGAUGACACUACAGAGCUUAGCAGUGCUGAGCGAUACAACCCCAGAGCUAACCAGUGGUCUCCAGUGGUGGCCAUGACAUCCCGCCGGAGUGGAGUUGGCCUGGCAGUGGUCAAUGGACAGCUCAUGGCAGUAGGAGGUUUUGAUGGCACAACGUACUUGAAGACCAUUGAAGUUUUUGAUCCAGAUGCUAAUACUUGGAGGUUAUAUGGAGGGAUGAAUUACCGUCGGCUAGGAGGUGGUGUGGGCGUCAUUAAAAUGACACACUGCGAAUCCCAUAUAUGGUGAACACACAGAAGAAAGUCUCAUAAAUGCUCCUCUAUAUUUGGGAGAGCCUUGACUUUGAAGCUUUGUACAGCUUGAAAAACAUUAGAAAAAAUUUUAUUCUUUGCUGGUGCCUCAACAUAUGAAAAUACAGAUCUAAUGAUGAAGCUUCA